AUGGCCCGCGUGAACGCGCGCCGCGACAAGCGCAAGCCGCUCGAGGCGGCCGAUGUGACCCACGCCAGUGCCAGCAAAAAGCUCAAGACAGAGGCUGCUCUGGACCCUAGCGGUGAGGAGCGUCUGCGCGCUAUGGAGGCGCAGCUGGAGCACUUGGACCCGGACUCGAAGGAGGCUAAGAAGAAGCGUCGCCUCAUUCGCAACCGCAUGUCGGCACAGCUCCACCGUGAGCGCAAAAAAGCGUACGUGGGGCAGCUGGAAGACCAGCUGCAGGCCAAGGAGAAGGAGCUUAAGGCUCUGCAGGACCAGCUUGCGGCAAUGGCCGUCGAGAGCGAGCAGCUUAAGCAGAAACUCGGCCGCAAGGAAAGCAUCGAGCAGGAGCCACAGAUCAAGGCGGAACCUCCGGCCGUUGACUGGGCCGCCUGUCUGGAAGACUUGGACGAGGCCAUGGUGGGCGAGGACCUGCUGUGCGACCUGGACGAAUCUCCUUUGGCCGCGUACGGCCUGACCCCGAUCAGUGAAGACCCCGUGGCGGCCGCUUUGGCCGAGGAGGAGCAGCGUCAGAAGAUUGAGGCGCAGACACAGUCGCAUCACGAGAUCCACGCGGCCAAGAAGAACCUGGCUAUGAUGAUGGCCAUGAUGUUCUCAGUGACUUUCUGCGGCCAGAGCGAGUCGGUGGCCAACGUCACAAAUGGGAGCAACUUCUCGUCCAUGUUCAACGCUGUGCCCGUGAAGGAGCUGUCCCAGAUGAGCAUUGCUUCUCGCAUCGUGGCCUGCCUGGAAAAAACCUCGUGGGAGGAUUUCCAGGAUCAGACGAACUCGCCGUCGGCCGCGUCAGAUGUGACGGACUCGGGCUCAUGCGCAUCCCCAAAGGAGCUCGAGGACGUUGGCAUGAGCUUUGACACGGACCUGAUUGAGGAAUUUGUAUACCCGGUGGAUGAGCCAUUCGCCCCUACUCUGGCCGACACGAAUUGGUUCGGCGCUGAUAGCGACGAGUUUGGCCACAGCGACGUGGAGAACGAUGACGAGCACGUGAAGACAAAGACGACGGUGAAGCCUGUGCCGAUGACCUCGCGACUGUAUGAGAAGCUGACGAAGCUUUGGAACGAGAAGAACCAAGUGCUGUUGACUGUUCUGAACGGCAAGAACGAGGUGACUCGUCGCUCCGUGGCCGACAUGAGCACGAUCCGCAAGGGCAUGUCUACUGGCGCUCUGUUCCCGACCACGGUGGCCAAAGCGGCGGCUUCGUCGAACGACAAGUUGUUGGAGACGCACGACCAGUCGGUCACGUUCCUCUACCCACUGAGCGCGUUCUCUGAGGACCAGCGCUCGGCUGCCUUUCCCAACGGUGCCUCGUCGGACCAGGUGUUCCUGGAGGUGUCGUGCCAGAUCAAUGGUGCGGCUAAAUCCGUACUAUAGAGGCAGUGGCGUGGUAGGUAGACAUUCAAGUAUUAGGGAGCGUGAGCUUCGACUCUUCAUUUGUCGAUGUAGUGUAGUUUCAUUUAUCUAUCAAGAGAACCAUAUACCGGUACCCGCAGCAAGGCAAUAUAAUUAAUGGAUUCAUUGACACACC